UCCGCCUUAGCCUUCCGUCACUUCCUGCAUGUGCGGACAACAUGGCAGCCCCCGUUGCUGUUCAUCUGGAGUUUGGAGGAGGAGCAGAGCUACUUUUUGAUGGUGUCAAGGAGCAUCAUGUGACUCUACCAAGCCAGUCUGAACCAUGGGACAUGAAGCAGCUGCUGGUCUGGAUCCAACGGAACCUGCUGAAGGAACGGCCUGAGCUCUUUGUCCAGGGAGACACAGUGAGGCCUGGGAUUCUGGUGCUUAUCAACGAUGCAGACUGGGAGCUAAUGGGGGAGCUGGACUAUCAACUCCUAGACCAAGACAACAUUGUUUUUAUUUCUACGCUUCACGGAGGAUAAAUAACUAAAAGGACGGACAUCAUGACGUGUGUAAUACUUAUAUAACAGUUCCAGACCUCUACACCCUUCACUCCCCUUUCUGUUCUCACAUGCAAACAACAACUCACCCUAUUGGACGCCGAUGACGCGUCAACGCCAUCACGAAGCGUACAGCUGAUACUGUUCAGCAGGAAUGAGGGGAAUUUCAGAGUUGGCUUCUGAAAACCUGGAAUUGUGUGGAAGUCUUUGAUCAAACUAGGCAGGUAAAAAGCCAGCCCAGAGUUUUCAAUAAAGACCAGAAUUGGAAAAAAAAUAUGUCACUAUAAUCUAGGGACACUGAAACUCCUAAGUAUGUGGAAACAUAAUAAAAAAAA